AAUGUGUUAGGCAAUGCUGUUGUAUCACUCUCGCAGUUAUUUGCCCGUUUGUACGGGAGGCUGCCCUUUGCAUUACCUGGGAGGAGUCUCUGCUGUAGAAGUGCAUUAGGACAAGCCACACAACUUACAUUGAAUGGUUUAGUUAGUCUGAGGUUUGAGUAAAACCAAAAGCAGCAGCACUGGGAACGUUUGGACUAAUUCUUUGAUGAACAUGGACUUGACAGCUGAGAGUCACUCCAUUCCUCUGAGUGAUGGAAACAGGAUACCUUUGAUAGGACUGGGAACUUAUGGGGAUCCCCAUACGACCCCUAAAGGAACUGCAUAUGAAUCAGUCAAAGUGGCUAUUGAAACAGGAUAUAGACACCUCGAUGGGGCUUUGAUCUAUUUCAAUGAACACGAGGUGGGACAAGCAAUAAGGGAGAAAAUUGCUGAUGGAACUGUGAAGAGAGAGGACAUCUUCUACUGUGGAAAGUUAUGGAACACAUUCCACCCCCCACAAUUGGUACGACCUGCUUUAGAGAAAACCUUGAAGACCUUACAGCUGGAUUAUGUCGACCUCUAUAUUGUAGAAAUGCCAACAGCCUUCAAGCCAGGAGAUACAUUUUACCCCAAAGAUGAGAAUGGGAAGUGGAUUUAUCAUGAGACAGAUCUCUGUGCUACGUGGGAGGCUUUAGAGGCUUGCAAAGACGCUGGGCUAGUAAAAUCUCUUGGAGUAUCCAACUUCAACAAGCGCCAACUGGAGUUGAUCCUUAACAAACCGGGGCUGAAACACAAACCUGUGUCAAACCAGGUUGAAUGUCAUCCCUAUUUCACUCAGCCGAAGUUGCUUGAGUUCUGCCGGCAGAAUGAUAUUGUCAUUGUGGGAUACAGCCCCUUGGGGACAUCUAGAGAUGCGUCCUGGGUAAACCUAAAAUCCCCCCCACUGUUGGAAGAUGAGCUACUUGUAUCAAUUGCUAAAAAGUAUAACAAGACUGCAGCACAGGUGGCCUUGAGGUUCAACGUGCAGAGAGGAGUGGUGGUCAUCCCAAAGAGCUUCACCCCUAUUCGUAUCAAGGAGAACUUUCAGAUAUUCGACUUCUCUCUUGCUGAGGCUGAGAUGAAGGCAAUUGAGAUACUGAACAAGAAUAUUCGUUUUGUUGAGCUUCUCAUGUGGUCUGAUCAUCCAGAGUAUCCAUUUCAUGAUGACUAUUAGACGCCACAGCCUUCAUCUGAAUUUGUUCAAAUAAUUUGGCUUAUUCACUUUGUUGCUUUUACAAUGUUUUGUGCUUUAACUGGAAAAUAUGUUGAUAGACCUUUUAUUGUAGACGACAUUUCAUUCUGAUAUGCUUUGUUUGAUGUGAAUUUAUUCAAGAAUCUGAUAACUUCAAUAAAAUCGUUUCGUUUUAGAGCAGAGGAUGGUGUAGUAUUGUGUGUUUGUAAACAGUUCUAGAAACAUUAGAAAUAGUUAAACUGACCAUAAUUGUUGGAAUAAAUCAAUAUUUAUAAAUAUGACAUUUUAAAUUGAGCUGUAAAAUCAAGUUAGAUCAUGUAUUUAUGGAAUAAAUAUAUUGUCUAUAAUAUUGUAAUUUUGUAUUACCAUAUCUGAAUCUGAGUGAAAACACUUGUGUGUGAAUGAGUAAAAACGUUUUGAUCAAAUUAAUUUAAAUGCUUGAAUGUGUAAAAAUAUCUGUAAAUAAAUUUAAGUUUUCAAUCCAUAA